UUUACGAUUUAAAGAUGAUGAUGAUGACGAAGAAGAUGAUUGAGAAAUAUACAUGAAGAGAAAAAAAGAAAGAGAAGAUAAAAAGAGAAAGUGAGCUUCUUCUCAGAUUAUUCGGAUAAAAGUGUUUUCUUCUCGUCGAACUGGUUGUUUAGUUGUUACUUGUCUUCCACUCGAAGUGCCUAACGAACGGCUACUUUUAAAUAUUCGAGAAACAACUGAACAGUUCAAAAUAGAAAAUGGAAGACAAGUCACUUGAUCGUUUUCUCUCAUCAAUCAUAUGUUAUUAGAAAGUUUUCUUCUCAAUUUCAAUGUUUCAAUUUCCAAAUUAAAGUUAAUUCUUAUUAUUUGUGUGUUCGUUUCUAUCAACGAUGUUUAAGUGAACAUUUCGAGAAAUAUGUUAUGUUAUAUUCUUAUGGUGAUCGGUUUACUUUCGUUGGUACCGAUUAGUUCAUCGGAGUGUAUUCGAUUUGAAUUUCAUGAGAAAAUCGAAUCUUCCUUUGAACAGUCCGAUCUCCUUCGAGCAAUGUGCUUGGGUAAAGGUGGAAAAAUCAUCGACUACUCAUUAGAGAUCAUCCAAUUUUCGGGUCCAUUGAUUUUCAAUGUUACUUUUCAUUGUUGUGCACCAUCACCUUGCCUUAGUGAUCACGAUUGUCCAAUCAAUUUUAAUUGUAAUUAUGGUCUAUGCGCUAUUGCUGAUUGUAAUUUAACCGAUGAACCGGAAAUCAUCCUACAGGAAGGGCGAACCUGUUUCAUUGAUGAUGAUUGUUACUUUGAGACACCAUUUGAUUCAGAUAACUGGAAAUGUCUUCCGGAUCCUUGGUGUUUCCAUAAUAAAACCUGUGAUAUUUCAUAUAAUUAUUGUAAACGCUGUCCAACGGGUUAUAUUGACGCUGAUCCAAAGCGAUUCACAUCUUCCGAUGGAUCAAUUCAACCACCAACAACUUCAUCUCCAUGGUGGUUAACAGCAUCACCUACAACACCACCACCAUCGUCAUCAUCGGCACAUACAACACCUCCCACCACAGAUAUUAAUCGUCUAUACAAUCCUAUUGAUCAACCAUUUGUUCACGAUCAUUAUGAACACUCAGUGCCAAAUAUAACUGAAUCACCAAUAGAUUCAAUCAGUUUAUCAACACCAUCGAUUAGGGCCACCACUCCGUCCACUACGCCAGAUCCAAUUACCGUUGGUUAUGAUGAACUUAGUCCUAAUACCGAUGAAAAUCAUAGUAAUAAUAAUUCAGGAGGAAAUACUGAAACAAACACUAGUUCCAAUAUCAACACCAACACAAGCACCAUAAGCUCAAACUUUGGUGCAUCUGAUUUACCUGUAAAUCUUUCUGAUGAUGAACUUAUUUCUAAUGUUACUCUUAUUGAACUGGCUCGAAUAGAUUCCGUUGAUUCUGUUGAUGAUAUUUUGAAUUCAACUGAUUCAGUUACACCUUCACCUUCACCCUUACCAAUUUCCAGUUCAGCUUAUGAGCUUUCAACACCAAUCGAAUCCUCAGAAUCGCCAUCGUCUUCGUUGUUUUCAUCUUCUCAACCAAUUUCAUCUUUUCCAUCUUCAUCUCCGGACUCUUCAUCCAUUACAGAUCCAUCUUCUUAUACAAUUAACUUUGAAUCUCGACCAUCACCUGUAGCUCCUCUGGUCACUUCGAAUCCUUUUGCUUGGCUUGGACUAUUUGAAACUGAUCUAAAUAGAACUUCAACAGUUCGAAAUGUAAACAACAAUAAUAGUGCAAUAGAAGGAAGCACAACGAAUAUUCCUAAUUUCACUGACAUAAACUAUAUUUAAAUAACAAUUUAGACCAAUAAUUAAAGUGAACUUUUCAAAUUGAUUGAUUCAAUUAUAAACGUAAAAAAAGUCACAUAAAUUAAAGAGAAAUCAAGUUAAUGAUUUACUUUUCCAUUGAUUA